AUGUCGUCGCCGCCAACUAUUCUAUACGUCGACAGAAAGUCCAGCAGCACCCCAACCGUCAAACUGGACACAAACGUCCUUGACGAAGAUGAAGACUUUUCGAUCGAGGCAUUGGCCGCAAACCUCCCAACUGCCCCGCGGGUUAUUGUCCUCCCAUACAAGCCCAAGGGCGAAGACUUUCCAAAGAUCAUUCUCAUAGAUUGGAUACCCAAUGGAUGUGAGACUGGUUCCUCGAUGCUUCACGUCGGGACACUGCCUGCUAUUGAACGCCUCGCAAGGAACCCAAAGGUAAUCCAAAUCACCGACGCAGACGAACUCACCGAAGAGACCCUCAACGCAAAGCUGCUAUGA